UCAAAGCAGACGGACGGAGGAUGCAAAAACUCAUAUUUUUACUGCACAGUGUUGCAUUUUGCUGCGUGCACGCUUUGCCGUUGCCGGUACCACAGGACUUCCAAACCGGCGCACUUUUGUUGGCGGGUCAAAUGAAGGAGGUGCUGGAUAACGGUGCAGCCAUGCAAAAUCAAAAGGAAUUCGAAUUUAUGGGCGUCAAGGUAAGCAAUGAUAUGGCUUUCGGCUUUGGCGAUGCGCUAAAAAUGCCGGGACAUAGGCGCAGACGUGAAGUCGACCCAGAGGCAGAGGCAGAGGGUGCAGAUAAUUCCUUAGGCAAUGAAGCGGAUAAUUCAUUCAUCACUGAUUACAUUGAAUGUGUACCGUUCGUAAAUGAGGAACGUAAGAAGCGAGCCCCUGCUCCACGUAGUUCUUCGCAGAGUAGUUCAUCGUACUCUUCGUCAGAUUCAUCGUCCUCGUCUUCCUCUUCGUCGAGUGAAUCUGAUGACCGUUAAUGGUUGAUAACGCAGAGUAAAUGAACUUAAGCGCGAAUUUUUCAAUAAAAUCUUUUUCUUUUUUGUG